UUCCCAACAAUUCAGCCCACUGUUGAUGGCGAGAGGCAAUCAAAUAAAUCUGAGCUAGCUUACAUGAUCUAUCAUCAUUAGGUUUUUUCUCUCUCUACUUUUACAUUCUCUCUCUGAAUCUUCUCUUCAUUUGAUUAUCUUUAUAUAUAAUCCCGUUUGUUCUCCAUUCUUCCAUUACUCAGUUUGACAAUCCAGGUUUUCUUUUCUCUCCUUCUCGGGAUCCGAUCCAGUUACGGACAAGAAGAAAACAUUAGGGUUCCUAGCUGUUCUUGUUUUUGAGUACAAGAGCUGCUAGGGUUCAAGUCCCGAGAAGUAUAAAUUGUUCUUUCUAUAAUUGUGUUUGUCUUUUAGCUGUCUGAACUUGGCCUUCCUCUAGUUUUGAAGCAUUAUCGGAAUAUGUAUCCCUCUCUCUAGUCCAAAAUCUCCAUUCUCGAAGAAAAAGUUCUUUCUUGCUCAGACGAUUUGGUUCUGCCAAGAAUUUUAGACGGCUUUUUGAUCUCAGGUUUCAGAUUUGACUCUGGACACUAUGAAUACUUUUUCACAUGUUCCCCCUGGUUUCCGAUUCCACCCGACUGAUGAAGAACUUGUCGAUUAUUACCUUAGGAGAAAGGUUACUUCAAGACGGAUUGACUUCGAUGUUAUCAAAGAUGUUGAUCUGUACAAAAUCGAGCCUUGGGAUCUUCAAGAGCUAUGCAGAAUAGGAACAGAAGAGCAAAAUGACUGGUACUUCUUUAGCCACAAAGACAAGAAAUAUCCAACUGGAACACGCACAAAUAGGGCAACAGCAGCAGGAUUUUGGAAAGCAACUGGAAGGGACAAGGCCAUUUACUCAAAGCACGACCUAAUUGGCAUGAGGAAAACCUUGGUGUUUUAUAAAGGUAGAGCCCCAAAUGGUCAAAAAUCAGAUUGGAUUAUGCAUGAAUAUCGCCUCGAAACAGAUGAAAAUGGGACUCCACAGGAAGAAGGUUGGGUUGUCUGCAGAGUGUUCAAGAAGAGAAUAGCCAGCAUGCAUAAAGUCAGUGAGCAUGACUCCCCAAUUUGGUAUGACGAUCAAGUUUCAUUCAUGCCGGAAAUUGACUCGCCGAAGCAGCAGAAUCUGAAUUACCACUAUCCUUAUAAUACUUGCAAGAAGGAGCUUGAUUUGCAGUAUCAAAUGCCACCUGAUCAGCACUUUCUUCAUCAGCUUCCACUUCUUGAGAGUCCGAAAAUGGUGCAGCCACCUACCAGCAUGAGUUGCAGCUCAAUUUCUCCCUUUGGCGACCUUCACAUAAACAAUUUGUCAAACACCUUGCAAUCAUCAAUCCAAAGCCAUGAGCAGCAUAACUUUCACUCAGUUUACGGAAACAGUACUGAACAGCCUGCCGGAGAUCAAGUGACAGAUUGGCGUGUACUUGACAAGUUCGUCGCAUCCCAACUCAGCCACGAAGAGGUUGUUUCUAAGGAAAAUCACUAUUCCAAUCCAGCCGAAGCCGCCUUCCAUGGAGGCACCGAUGAAUCCAAUCUGAUGGUGAUCACACACUUGAACAAGCAAGAAACAGCACCAGAAAAUAAUGCCUCAACCUCAUCCUCAAGUUGUCAAGUUGAUCUGUGGAAAUAAUCCAAUAAAACCAGUCUGCAACCAGUAUGAAAGGGUAAACAUCAUUAAUUUGUCCAGUUUCUUGUAAAUAAUAAACCUAAAAUUAUAGUAUAACCUAACUAUUGAACCUCGGACUACCCACAUAGGAUUAAGUUAAGGGACUGUUUGGUAAGCAGGGCUUGAUAGAAGAGCGGGCAACAUUUUAACUUCUUUUUCUUCUUUUAAUCCCGUCCGCUUCUAUCGAGCUCAACAUAUAUAGUAUAUACUAAACGUGCCAUACGAGUACAAAGUAUGUAGCCAAGAUGUCAUUCUUGUAAGAUAAAGGCUGUAAUUUGCUGCAUCAGUUGGAAAUGCAGCAUUGCCAAUAUGUUUUCAUCUGAAAACUACAGACUCUUCAUGUUACCUAUCUGUGGAUAUUUGAAGAUCUGUUCAAUUGUUUGUACUGAUAAAGUACUAAAAUUACAA